CUCGGGGCUGUCCGCCGCGCUGCCUGCGCGCCGGCUCGGGGCGGGUCCUGCAGACGAAGGACGCCGCCGCCGAGGGCGAGAUGCCGGAGGCCCCACCCCUGCUGUUGGCAGCCUUCUCAUUGGGCCUGGUGCUGCUGGUGCUUCUCUGCCUGCGACGCUGGGGCUUGGGCAAACUCCUUAUCUGCUGGAACGAGUUGGUCCUGCAGCCCCUCUACAACCUCUUCAUGGGCGACACCAAGGAGCAGCGCAUCCUGCGUCAUGUGCUGCAACACGCAGUGGCUGGGGACCCGCAAAGUGUGCUGGAGGCCAUCGAUACCUAUUGCUCGCAAAAGGAGUGGGCUAUGAACGUGGGUGACAAGAAGGGCCAGAUCUUGGAUGCAGUGUUGCAGGAGCAGCGCCCAUCAGUGCUGCUGGAGCUGGGCGCCUACUGCGGCUACUCAGCUGUGCGCAUGGCCCGCCUGCUGGAGCCCGGGGCCCGCCUGCUCACCAUUGAGCUCAACCCUGACUACGCUGCCAUCACCCAGCAGAUGCUGGAGUUUGCGGGCCUGCAGGACAGGGUCACCAUUGUGGUCGGGGCAUCCCAGGAUGUCAUCCCCCAGCUGAAGAAGAAAUACGAUGUGGACACACUAGACAUGGUCUUCCUCGACCACUGGAAGGACCGGUACCUGCCGGACACGCGGCUCCUGGAGGAGUGUGGCCUGCUACGGAAGGGGACAGUGUUGCUGGCUGACAACGUCAUCUGCCCAGGAACACCAGAAUUCCUGGCAUAUGUGCGUGGGAACAGACACUUUGAGUGCACACACUUCCCUUCAUACCUGGAGUACUCAAAGGCAAUAGAUGGCCUAGAGAAGGCUGUCUACCUUGGCCCGGGCACCCCAACACAGCCAUGACCACCCACCCUGCUCCUGGAUCCCUUGCUAAGCCUGCUUAUGAAAGGCACCAGAGAUGUGUUCCUGCCAAGCCACUUUUGUGGUUCUGGGGUCAAAUGUACAACACUUGAGGCUUCUGAGCCACAAGCCUGCUGGCCCUGGCCCCUCUAGAGGGCAACUCUGGGCUGUCACUCCCGGUCUGCCCCAAGUGUAGCCAGCUCACCAUACACAGUCACUGCAAUAAAUCUGUAAAGUAUGUUUGUGAGUACCACAUCAGGAUGGGUGGCGCCUGUGACAGUGUCUCUCACCCCCACCAGCAUUUCAAUCAAUAGGGUUUCUUACAUGGAUGGGUCUUCAGGCGUCAACUUUGCGGUAGACCCUUGAAGUAGGAACAUUUGGAAACCAAUGGACUGUGCACUCGUAGUCUGUUCUUGAGGUUUGCCGUCACCAGGUGGCAGCAAUGCCUCAGUGAUGGCACCGUGCCUAACAACUCACACCCACUUGUGAUUCCUGGAUUCUUUGACUUCAUUUUUAAGAAUGAAAUGCAACUUCUUUACUAAAAUCAGCUAUUAACAAUCUUGUAUACCUGUAUCAUGUUUAAAAGAUGCUAAAAGAGGAAUUAAAAUUUUAAAUAUUUACAUAGA